GUAUUGAAUUGAUGCGCUAUCGCUAUCCCGCGCUAUACGGAACUUACCCAAGAACUAACGCAGACUGAUACAAGGAACGAAACAAUAAGUUUUCAUUUUCCAAUUCCAGUUGCUUAAGCAAUUUGAUUUGACUCAAGUGUCUCAGUGCUCCUUCUGUUCUAUAAAAUUUGAUCUUGGCUGUUGCCCAACAAAUGUCAGAUUAUGAUGAUGUUUUAUGUAGUUCUCUAAAACUCAAAUCUGGGCAAGGAAUAAAAAAAAAAAAGAAAAAGCAUAGCAAAAAGUUAGCACCAAACGAUCUCGAAGUGGCUGUCAAUACGUCUGAAGUGAAUUCAAAUGAUGAAACUGUCAAGGAAGCGAAGAAUUCAAAGCCUAUAUAUGCAAAUCUAACUAAGUCUCAAGUAGAGUGGGAGAAACGUAGAGACAAACGUAUAUUGGAAUCUGUGCUGUCGAAGGCAGAUAAAUCGCAUAAACAAAGGAUAAUUGAAUUUAACAACUAUCUGAGCACUCUCACUGAACACUUCGAUAUACAGAAAGUUUCUUGGACUAAAUAAUUUUCGACUCUCACACGUUAUAAGAUAUUCUGUAUAAUUUUACAUAUUUAUCCACAUGUAUUUUGUCUCAGACUCUCAAAAUAUAAUUUCAUCGCUUCUUGCAAACAUUUUCGAAUUAUGUUUAACUGUAAUAAUAUAUAACUUAUUGCCUCA